GCCCAAAAUAACAAUUAAUUAAGGGGAAAAAAGGGCUUUUUUUUUUGUUUUUUAAAUGAAAUAACGAACCCACACGAGAUUUUUCUCCUUCUUUUGAAAGGCUAGCAAAGGGGAAAUUUUGAUUUUGAAAGCAAAUUUUCCCUAAAAAAAAUUAAAAGGAGAUGCGACUACAGCGGUGUGGGUGGGCGUCCGAUGAGAGAUCGUCCAAGGAGGACCACCACCGUUGAUGGGAUUUGUCAAGUUGCAAAUGACUUGGCAGCCGAGUCUACUCAGUGAAAAACGGAAGAAAGGUCCUCCAUUAGGCUUAAGAAACCUCGGCAACUCUUGUUACCUCAACAGCGUUCUUCAGUGUCUCACCUACACUCCACCACUCGCCAAUUUCUGCCUCCGUUCCCAACACUCCUCCUUCUGCGACGCCUCCGCCUCCAAAAAUCCCCGCGACUGUCCGUUCUGUAUCCUUGAAGCUUGGAUUACACGCUCCUUAACCCUUGAUCUCACCCUCGACGCGCCUUCCAAGAUCCAAAGUUGCCUUAAAAUCUUCGCCCAGCAUUUCCGGUUCGGUCGACAAGAGGACGCUCACGAGUUCUUGCGCUAUGUAAUCGAUGCUUGCCAUAACACGUGUCUGCGUUUGAGGAAAUUGCGGCGAAAGGGAAGGGAUGAAGAAGGAGGAGAACCGGUGAAUGGCAAUACCGUAGUUAAGGAGAUCUUUGGAGGUGCUUUGCAAAGCCAGGUUAAGUGUUUGGGGUGUGGUGGGGAGUCAAAUAAAGUUGAUGACGUUAUGGAUAUUAGCCUUGAUAUAUUGAAUAGCGGUUCACUAAACGAAGCUAUGCAUAAGUUUUUUCAGCCUGAGGUUUUGGAUGGGAACAAUAAGUACAAUUGUGACCAUUGCAAGAAAUUGGUGGCAGCAAGGAAGCAGUUGUCAAUAUGUCAAGCACCGAAUAUACUUGUUAUCCAACUGAAGAGAUUUGAGGGGAUAUUUGGUACGAAGAUUGAUAGACUCAUUAAAUUUGAAGAAGUUUUGGUUCUUUCAAGUUUCAUGUGUAAAGCAAGCCAGGAUCGGCAACCAGAGUAUAAUCUAUUUGGUACUAUUGUGCACUCAGGAUACUCACCAGAAUCGGGACAUUAUUAUGCAUAUAUCAAGGAUGCAAUGGGAAGGUGGUAUCGCUGCAAUGACUCCUUUGUCUCACUUUCAACUCUGCAGGAGGUCUUGUCAGAGAAGGCUUAUAUUCUUUUCUUCUCUCGCAAUAACCCAAGGCCAGGGUAUUUAGGUUCCACAUUUUCUUCCAAUGGAGUUAAACCACAUGAUUCUAAUGGAAGUGAGGCAUCCAAAAUACUGAAAGCUGUUCAAUUGAAACCGGUCCAAACAAAACAUUGUAUCGAACAAUAUUCACAGGAGGAUAAGGUUGGAAAACUGUCUUCAAGCCCACAGGUUAAAUUCAGUAUUUCUGAAAAUCCUGGUCCCAAAAAGCUUCCUGUUACAAAUAAUGGAAAAGUUGGCUUCCAUAAGACUCAGAACAUCGCUGUGAAUGGAGUUUCGAAGGAGUCAAUCCCUGUGGAGAAGAAUGUGAAAGAUAUGUUGUCAUUCAUGAGCAGGAAUGGUAUUGACAAGAGUAGAAAAGUUGAUGCUGUUGGUAGUGAAAAAAGCCAACCAUUUGCACUGGCAAAUGGAAAUUCUAUGAAAUCUGAUCCUUUUGCAGUUAAUGGUAACAGGAGCAAGGUUGUUGGGGGGCAGGUUGAUACUGCUAUUUUUGAUGCAUGUAACAAAUCAGUGCAAAAGAAAAUUUCAGAAAAUUCUUGUGAUAUUUCAGGGCCAAAGAGAAAAUCAGAAGAUUCUUGUGACACCUCAAAGCCAAAGCAAAAAUUAGAAGAUUCUUGUGAUAUCUCAGUGCCAAAGAGAAAAUCCAAAGAUUACUGUAAUUUUUCAGGGCCAAAGAGAAAAUCAGAAUCCUCUUGUGAUAUUUUGGGGUCGAAGAGAAAACCAGAAGGCUCUUGUGAUAACUCAGGUCCAAUGAUAAAACCAAAAGAGUCCUUUGUUAACUCAGGGCCAAUGAAAAAAUCAAAAGACUCCUGUGAUUACUCAGGGCCAAAGAAAACAGAAGACUCCUGUGAUUACUCAUGGUCAAAGAAAACAGAAGACUCCUGUGAAUUCUCCAGGCCAAAGGGAACAUCCUGCAUUUUGCUUUCCCAGGAUGCUCAAUCUCAUGCCGAAGUUGAAAAUAUGAAAGAAAUGUUGAAAAAAGAAGCUUCUUCAGUUUUGCGAUCAUGUGGCUGGUAUGGUGAUGUUUACAAUUUCAUGUAUUCGAGGAAGCAGUUGUGCUUACUGGAGACUGGAAGCACUCUGAGUGGCAAUGAUUUAGUGAAGAAGUUGAUUGCAGAUGCAAAGCCAACUUUUAUUCCACAAAUACCUGAGUCACUGAAGGAGGAAUUAAUUAAACGUCUUCAAUCUUUUAACCAAACAAAACAAGAUCCUUGAUCAGCAUAGUUGUCCUUUAGCCUGGAACCUUGUUGUAGCAUCUGUAUUACUAAUUGGUGUUUUAGAGAAAGAAUAUCAUUUUGUGCAUGUUACUCCUGUCGGGAUCAACUGCCAGCAGUGGCAGGAGAUUGCCUUCUUGUCGCAUCAACAUUUGCUGAUGGCAGCAAGCAUGAUGCUCGUCGGUGCCCUAUGAAUGAUUUUGAGAUGACAUGGCUGAGUUCAAAUAUUGCCUAAAGUUUUGAUAUUCAAGGCCUGAGCUAUUUUUUUUUGGCAGAGAAUUGAGGAAUCUUAUUCAUUUUGUAUUAUAUCCAUUUUGAAUAAAUCAGUAACAUAAAAUCUUCAUUUUAUGGUUGCAUUAACAAAUUUCCCAUCAAAAUGUGGUCGGAUGAUACACUCUGUAUGUACUACUACCAAUGAGUCAAAAUCCUACCAUGGCUGUUUCCUCAUCUUUCGGUUCUUCCCCGUCGUUCGGAACUGUUGUAAAUUAUAAGUAAUUCAUGGGCAUUCUGUGGUGAGGUCUCUGCCUGGGUUUGCCAUUUUCUUAUUUUUGGUUUGCAGGCAUGGUCGGAAUGGCAUUAGCAAUAACGUACCAUUUUAGGUGUACAGACGUAGGUGCUUGUUCUCUUGAAUUUUCGGCCUGGCCUUUAUGCAACGAGAGUGAGGAUGGCCUUGGCAGAGAGGAGUGGAAUGAGACCAAGGAAUUCAGUACCAAAAGCCAACUGCUUCUGAAGAUGAACCCAAUUUACCAGAAAGUCCCAGUUUUGAUCCAAAAAGAAAAACUUAUUUGUGAAUCACUCAUCAUUGUUGAAUACAUUGAUGAGGUUUGGAAUCAGAAUUCUCCAUUGCUGCCUUCUGAUUCUUAGCAGAGAACUCAUGCCAGGUGUUGAGCUAAUUAUAUUGACAAAAAGUUAUCCUAUUUAUCCUUUAUUUUACUCCUACUUGAUUAUUUGUUUUACAUUUAUAAGCAAAACUUUGAGAUAGAUAGGAUUUAAAUCUUGAUUAUUAGAAUUAAGAAUUCAACACUUGGAUUAUGUAACUAUUGGCAAAAGAAUUGUGUAAAUAUUUACAUAAAAAAAAUGUUAAUCCGUGCCUAAUAAUAUUGGUAAGGAAGAUAUUUAAUUAGAAAAAACUGGGACUAAAAUAAUUGCAUUUCAAAUUCGACCUAACUAGUGAAUACUGUGAUAAAUUGGAUACAAUUUCGGGACUAGAAAUCACAUAUGGUUCUAUAAGAUUACUUUUUCAAGUUUAAUUUUGGAUUAUUUAAUAAAUAAUUAGCAAGGUGUUAUUAUAUGCAGAUUUUCCUUAUUGGAAGCAAGUUAUGGACAACAGCAAGUGAUGAAGCCAAGAAGGCCGCAAAGGAACUAGUUGAGAGCUUUAAAUAUUUAAACAUUAGGAGAACUUGGAGACAAGCCACAUUUUGGGGGUGAAACCUUUAGCUUCAUAGAUUUAGCUCUCAUUGCUCUCUCCAGCUUUUUCCAUUCAUUCGAGACCCUUGGAAGCUUCUACAUAGAAGUUGAGUGCCUUAAGAUUGUGGAAUGGGCAAAGAGAUGCAUGGAAAAGGAGAGUGUCUCUCAGUCUUUAUUUGACAAAUUUAAGACCCAUGAAGCUGUUCUAGAGAUCACAAAGAUGUUGGGUUUUGCGUUAUACAAAUUUAUUUUGCUCAUGCUUUAGCAAUUUAAAUAAGGGUUAUGGCAAUUAAAAAAAAGAAAGUCUUUUAGUUGGUUUUAUAACGUCUUCAAUGGGUUUUCCCUAAUGGGCUAUUCAUUUCAUUGAUAUUACUAGAGAUAUAAAACUAUUUGAUUAAAUUUAUUAGAUGCAAAGUUU